GGGAGCUGGUUUUUCACAAACUCCGUCUCGCGCUCUGCACGGCGCGUUUCAAAAAAAAAAAAAAAUCUGUGCUGGGCUCCGAGUGGCUUGCUGUUCCGCCGCACAUCGGCAGGUCGCCGAGGACUAAGGAUGAAUGAGCGAGGAGCGGCGGCUUUUUGACUGGACUUAACAAUCUGUGAUGACAACGUUUAUCUGAUUUUUUUAGAGUUGCAAACUCGUGGGGCGUGAAAGCGCGGCGGUGUGUCCAUGGAAACCUCGGGGUCUUUCGUCUUUUUCACUUCGCGAGGGAUAGCUUUCCGACGUCCUCGUGUCUAACGGACCUAAUCGCGUGGUGACAUAACUGCUCCUACCCGCUUACUUCUGCUACACCAACGGCAAUUCCAACGACCACUGAUCCCGGAGUAGACCAAAAAAUUCAUACAAGACUUGGGAAGAGGCGGAACUAGCUAUCUCUCGUGUCGGCACCAUGGGACAUUCGCGGAUCGUGCCGUCGGUGUCGUGGGGCCUGCGGCAGGCGCUGAUGCUGGCGGUGCUCCUGCUGGGGGUGGAGAGCUCGGCGGAGACCGGGGACCUGACGCCGGCCCCGGAGACCAGCCCCAAGGUCGGCCGCAACCGCACGUGCGAGGGCACCUACGUGUGCAAGGCGGGCGUGAUCCUGCCCGUGUGGAAGCCCCAGGACCCCUCCUUGGGCGACAAGGUGGCGCGGGCCACCGUCUACUUCGUGGCGCUGUUCUACAUGUUCCUCGGCGUCUCCAUCAUCGCCGACCGCUUCAUGGCGUCCAUCGAGGUCAUCACGUCGCAGGAGAAGGAGAUCACCAUCAAGAAGCCCAACGGCGAGACCACCACCACCACCGUGCGCAUCUGGAACGAGACCGUGUCCAACCUCACGCUCAUGGCGCUGGGCUCGUCCGCCCCGGAGAUCCUGCUGUCCGUGGUGGAGGUGUGCGGGCACCAGUUCAACGCCGGCGACCUGGGCCCCAACACCAUCGUGGGCAGCGCCGCCUUCAACAUGUUCGUGAUCAUCGGACUCUGCGUCUACGUGGUGCCGGACGGCGAGCACCGCAAGGUCAAGCACCUCCGGGUGUUCUUCGUCACCGCCACCUGGAGCAUCUUCGCCUACACCUGGCUGUACCUGAUCCUGGCCGUCAUCACGCCGGGCGUGGUCCAGGUGUGGGAGGGCCUGCUCACUCUGUUCUUCUUCCCCAUCUGCGUGGUGUUCGCCUGGGUCGCCGACCGCCGCCUCCUCUUCUACAAGUACGUGUACAAGCGCUACCGGGCGGGAAAGCAGCGCGGCAUGAUCAUCGAGAUGGAGGGCGACCGCCCGCUCCCGCCCAAGAUCGACAUCGAGAUGGACGGCAAGAUGCUCAACUCGCACGCCGUGGACUUCCUGGACGGCACGCUGGUGCUGGAGGACAAGGACCUGGACGAGGACGAGGCGCGGCGGGAGAUGGCCAAGAUCCUGAAGGAGCUGAAGCAGAAGCACCCGGAUAAAGAGGUCGAGCAGCUGAUCGAGUUGGCCAACUACCAGGUGCUGAGCCAGCAGCAGAAGAGCCGGGCGUUCUACCGUUGCCAGGCGACGCGGCUGAUGACGGGCGCGGGGAACAUCCUGAAGAAGCACGCGGCGGACCAGGCGCGCAAGGCCGUGAGCAUGCACGAGGUGCGCACCGACGGGGGCGAGAACGACCCCGUCUCCAAGGUGUUCUUCGACCCCGGCUCCUACCAGUGCCUGGAGAACUGCGGCACGGUGGCGGUGAACGUGGUGCGCCGGGGCGGCGACCUCACCAACACGGUCUCCGUGGAGUUCCGCACGGAGGACGGCACGGCCAACGCCGGCUCCGACUACGAGUUCACGGAGGGCACGGUGGUGUUCAAGCCCGGCGAGACGCAGAAGGAGAUCCGCGUGGGCAUCAUCGACGACGACAUCUUCGAGGAGGACGAGAACUUCCUCAUCCACCUCUGCAACGUGCGCGUGCUGUCGCACGCCGCGGCCGAGGAGAACGCCAAGGAGGCCAACCACGUGGAGAGCCUGGCCUGCCUGGGCCUGCCCUCCACCGCCACCGUCACCAUCUUCGACGACGACCACGCCGGGAUCUUCACCUUGGAGGAGCCGGUGACGCACGUGAGCGAGAGCGUGGGCAUCAUGGAGGUGAAGGUGCUCCGCACGUCCGGAGCUCGAGGCGUGGUGGUCGUGCCCUACAAGACCACCGAGGGCUCGGCCAGGGGCGGCGGGGAAGACUUCGAGGACACCCACGGCGUGCUGGAGUUCCAGAACGACGAAAUCUUCAAAAUUAUAAAGAUCAAAGUGAUCGAUGACGAAGAGUACGAGAAAAACAAAACCUUCUUCCUGGAGAUCGGGGAGCCUCGCCUGGUGGAGAUGAGUGAGAAGAAAGCUGCAGGAGCCGCUGUGGAAGAGGCCGAAGAGGAGGAGGCCCUCUCGGGGAAGGACGAGGAAGAGCGACGCAUCGCUGAAAUGGGCCGUCCGAUGCUGGGGGAGCACGUCAAAAUGGAGGUGGUCAUCGAGGAGUCCUACGAGUUUAAGAACACGGUGGAUAAGCUCAUAAAGAAGACCAACCUGGCCCUGCUGGUGGGGACGAACAGCUGGAGGGACCAGUUCAUCGAGGCCAUCACAGUCAGCGCCGGUGAGGAUGACGACGACGACGAGUGCGGUGAGGAGAAGCUGCCCUCGUGCUUCGACUACGUGAUGCACUUCCUGACGGUGUUCUGGAAGGUUCUGUUCGCCUUCGUGCCGCCCACGGACUACUGGAACGGCUGGGCGUGCUUCGUGGUGUCCAUCAGCAUGAUCGGGCUGCUGACCGCCUUCAUCGGAGACCUGGCCUCCCACUUCGGCUGUACCAUCGGCCUGAAGGACUCCGUCACGGCCGUGGUGUUCGUGGCCCUGGGGACGUCUGUGCCGGACACGUUCGCCAGCAAGGUGGCGGCGAUCCAGGACCACAACGCGGACGCGUCCAUCGGCAACGUGACGGGCAGCAACGCCGUCAACGUGUUCCUGGGCAUCGGCGUGGCCUGGUCCAUCGCCGCCAUCUACCACCAGUACCACGGGCGGCCGUUCCGCGUGGACCCGGGCACGCUGGCCUUCUCCGUCACCCUCUUCACCAUCUUCGCCUUCGUGUGCGUGGGCGUGCUGAUGUACCGCCGCCGCCCCGAGAUCGGCGGGGAGCUGGGGGGCCCGCGGACUCCGAAGCUCCUCACCACCGCCCUGUUCUUCAGCCUGUGGCUCAUGUACAUCGUCUUCUCCUCCCUGGAGGCCUACUGCCACAUCAAGGGCUUCUGAGCGCCCAGCAGGGGGCGCCAGAAACACCGGGGCGGACGCGCGGAGCCGGGGGACGGCCGCCAGGGGGCGCCAGAAACGAGAUUACCACGACGAUGACAAAUUACGAUAAUGAUAAUCGCGGUGAUGGUGAAAAUGAAUUAUGCGUAAAUGAUAAUAGUAAUAACAAUAUUAAUAAUGGUAGAGUCUGAGGGGGAAAAUGAAAGCCUCAAUGUUUUUUUUGUUUUUUUAAGUCACGUUUUUUUGUAGAUUUGUAGACUUCUCAUCGACCGCCUGCCCCUCCCCCACCACCCCUCAUCCUCUUCCCCCACCUUCGGUUUUCCUUUCUUUUUUUUGUGGAAGAAUGGGUGGAAUAUUGGAGUUAUAAGUGAUGGGAGCUGGGAUUAUGGCGUUCUGCGUGGAGAAGGGGGUGUGAAGCCGGGGCGAUGGACUCCUCUUCCAGCUCAGCGCAGAACAUCCCUGACGCCUCAAAAUGGCGUUUCACAUCCACGUCGAGUACCGUUUCAUUUUUCAUUUUUUUCAGUUGCUGUCUCAUGUUCAUGAAAGACCUAACCACUGGACAUAUCUUGUGUACAUAUAUGAUUUUCUAAAAGAAAAUGAGAUUAUUUACGCCACGCCGGUUCUCCGACUCCGCGGCUGAAAACAGGCGCCGUUCGGCGAGCGGAUGGAUCGGGUGUCUGUGCUGAGCAGCGACACGCCGCGCUCUCCACGGAAGAGGAGACCACAUGUACGAGUGAAAUUGCUGCUAAUAUCCUGUUAGACCCGUAAUUUCAUAAGGUUUCUUCGUAAUCAAACGGUGUUGCGCUAUAGAUGUAUCUGACGUCAGCUCAAAGAUGUUCACGCGAAGCUUCUCGGCGUGUUGCAGUUUCUGCCGGAGAGUGUCGUGUGCGGUGGGAAGGAAACAGAAGAAGCGCUCAAAUUAAAGCUGUUGAAUUUAAUUGUUUCUCAUGACAAAGAACAAAGAGUAGUUCUUUGGAAUUGGGUACACGAGUUGUGUUGUAUUGGAUGGUCGCUACCUAUAGCAUAUUACUGUAUUACAUGAUAGAUUUUUGGUUGCAGAGGACAGGAAAUAUUAUCAGGCCAGGGGACGCGUGUUUGUCUCUUGCCCCACGUUCGGGAUGAAAGCCAUGCCUUUGUUUUUCUUUCAGCCGAAAGCAAAGGGAAGCGUUAUGGGAAAGCACCGCGGAAUGACAGCGAGGCAGAGCUGAGAUUUUAAUAUGCCCUUUGUUGCUGUUUAAUUAAAUGUGCGAUAAGUGUGAUAAUCAAGCAAUUUUUCUGAAUGUAAAGGCUUUGCAAAAAUAUGUAGGUGUAGGUGACAAAAUGUGCUAAAUUCUCCAGGUUGCUCUCUAUCCCUCUCUCUCUAUAUAUCCCUCAUUCUCUCUCUGUGUUCUAUCUCUUGGUCUCCUCUACCUCUCUCUCUCUCUGUCUCUCUCUCUCUCUCUAUCAUUCUCUCUACUCUUUGCCCUGCCAGAGACAGAAUGGUUCAGAAAUAAUGUGCUGGGAUGUUCUACCAUUCUAAGCCAUAGGGGGCGCCAGAGUGCAGUUGAAACCUGAAUUAGGAGCGUCCUGAUUCUCUCAGCCUGUUAACCCAACGCUGAGCCCCGGUAUUGGCCUUAGCAGGGGCUCUCAAACCUUUGCGCAGAUUUGAUGUUUCUGUGUAUUUGUGGAGAUCUAUAUUUAGACGUUGUUUCGUUUACCACAACAUAAACUGCCAUUUGUAAGCUGAAAAGCACCCGGGUCAGUUUGACGGAGUUUAGGCCCUUUGCCUGAGUUGGUAGGGCAGAUUUGGUUGGUCAAAAGCCAGCAAUGUACUGUAUGCUUUAGUGAUUGCUCCAAACCAAUUAACUACUUAGUAAUAAUUUGAUCCGAUAUUUAUAAAACCAUAAAACGGAUGCUUAGAGUGGCUGUUUCUGCUGGUUAUCCAGUUUUGGAAUCCAGUGAUAUGUUUUCUUGUUCUCUCUCUAGUUUUAGUCUGGGGAUCUUAGUGUAAAAAUAAUGGCCUAAAUUCUUCACCUUUAUGUGCUCCAUUUUGCCAAAGGGGUGUAUUUAGAACAGCAAACCUGGAUGCUGGGCCAGAUAGAACUGAAGAAUAACAUGUUACUGUUGAAGUUUGUUUCUUAAUAACACCAAAAUGAUUAAUCUGUCUGUUGUAUGAAGCCUUGAUACAUCUUUUUCAUUUUUUCCCGAAAAGGAAGCCUUCUUCAAGUAUUGACAUGAAAUUUGUGAUCUUUUCUGAGAAAGCUGAAAACUUUAAACCUUUAAAUCUUCCUCGUAAAUAAAAAUGAAAAGGUAUCGUAGGCGGACCUAAGGGCCAGUGAGGAUGUUGGGGUGUAGUUCUACUGGCUCUCCCAUACGGAGGGUGUAAACUGCUGAAUCUCUUUAUUAUUUUAUUUAGUUUUUCUCUCGUUAUGGGGGCUCAAAGCUUCUCUCCGAAGCCCAAGGGCUCUGAAAAAGACAUUAGAGCCAGCGUCCUGCGGCCCGGAACCUGUCCUUCUCCAGAGCCUUCGGAGGAAAUUCGGUCGCUGGUUAAUGCCCGUUCCCACAAAAAAAAACGAAGGGAAAACUCGUCACGGGUAAUCAGCCAUCUUCUCUGACUGUUAACACUUUCUGACGAUGAAAAGACAAGAAAAGUUGAAGACUGAGAAGCCUCUUCUCUGCCCGUGUUUCUAUUUAACAAAGACCCUGAAAAGAGAAAAAAAAAAAAAAACACACAAGAGAUAUGAAGUACAGCCAUAUAUUCUGUGUUCUGUGGCAGUGGGGCGUGGCGAGGACGUGAGUCUCCUCAGCCUUGUGUUGCCGUGGUGUUCCUGCCCGUCAUUGGUGCAGCGUUUCUUUGUGUCCCUCACAAGCCCCGCCCACAUUUGAGAAUGUUACCGUAGUACUUGUAGACACUGUGCAUGGAUGAUAACAUCUGUAAAUAAUUACCGUAAGUAUCCCAUUCGUAAAAAAGCGGGAGGGGUUUGAAGUUUGAAUGUUGUGUUGAUGUGGAUUUAAGUCUCUUUUUAUAGCUUUUUUUUUUGUUGUUGCACCUGUGUUUAUUUAAAAAGAGGUUUAUUCUCUCUUUUUUUAUCCUGCACAUUUUGAUGCUUCUAUAAAAAAAGGCAAUAUCUGAUGCUCUUGUGAAAAGAGGGUACAUUAUAAGAAAGAGUGUACUUAUGGGAAUCAGGGGUGCAUGGGUACUUGUACAAUAAAGAAUAAUAUAACACAUUGUGCUUAGAGGACUUUAUUGUACUUGACGGUAUAAGAUAAUUAUGUACAUCAAAUGAUAUUGUAUAGUUGAGGAGUUGAUUUGUAAAUAGUGUACAGUCCUGGCUGACAGAGGGCAGUGUUAUUAAUGCAGAAAUAAACAGUAUUUAUUAUCAAACCCUCUUUUUGUGACGCAAGAUGAACAAAUAUUGCCUUUUUUUGGGGGGAGUUAUGACUUCAUGUCUUUUCACACAGAGCGGUG